GAAGAGUGGCUCUCUCCUCUCUCUCGCGUGGGGAGAGCUGUUCUCUCCUCUGCUCUCGUCUCCUCUCGUCUCCUCGCCUCGGCUCGCCUCGCCUCGCCGCACCGCCCCUGGCUGGGGCCAGCACGCCACUUCCGGGAUCCGUCAUUGCGCUCGCCCACCGCUCGGUGCGCUCGGUGCGCUCGCUCAGUCGUGUUCGGAGUACGCGAGCCGGCGGCCGCCAAGCUGACGACACUCACCCGCUCGGCAGCCAGCACCAAACAACCCCGCAGAGCAACCCGACCGGCGGACCUGGACAGACAUUGCUUUAUUUUUUUUUUUUUAUUGUUUACCCCCCACCUCCCCUACUAUUUUUUUUGUAUUUCUCUCUCUCUCUCUCGUUUUUUAUUUUUUUUUUAUUUUAGCCUCCUCCCUCUCCGUCCGCGUGUGCGAAAAGUCCAGAGUGGGGCGAAGCAGACAUUUAAAGGAGACAGAGCGGAGAGAGGACUUACGAGGGGGAGGACGACACCGGACUAACGCGCACGACAACCGAAAAAAAAAAAAAAAAAAAAAAAACACGCACAAGAAGAGAGAGCGAGAGGGAGAGCGAGGGGGAGUGAGAAAGAGAGAGAGAGAAAACUUGAACAUCAUCGCCGAGCGUCAUUCAUUCAUUACCUUGACAACCUCUGGCUUUGAUUGACAGCCGGAGUGGCAAAAAGCCAUGAUAGACGCGACAGUUGACUUUACGCAUUGAUGGGCCCGUUGUAAAACUAUUUUUUUUUCUUUCUUCUUAAAUUUUUUGACACUUUUUAAAAAAAUAUAUAUAUACUAUUCCUGGGAGGACAAUCCGAUGCGACGACUGCACCGCGACCGCCCUGGCGAAUAAGAGAAUUCGCCUGAACAAAAACCAAACAAAAGUCAAGUCGAAAAACGGUGGAGACAAGAGAGAGAGAGAGAGCUGGGAUUUUUUACAUUUAAUUUUAUUUUUUUUUUACCCACGCGGACGAGUGGGAUUUUUUUUUAAAUAAUAUACACGUAGACACACGCGCACACACACACACACACACAAAAAUCAGCACGGCAUAUUAAGGAGGUUAUCGGAGCCUGAUGGCGCAAAGGUACGACGAGCUGGCCCACUACGGGGGCAUGGACGGCGUAUCGGCGUCCAUGUACGGGGACCCGCACGCGCCCCGGCCGCUCCCGCAGGUCCACCACCUCAACCACGGACCGCCGCUGCACGCCAGCCAGCACUAUGGAGCCCACGCUCCCCACCCCAACGUCAUGCCCACCAGCAUGGGCUCGGCCGUCAACGACGUCCUAAAGAGGGAUAAGGACCAGAUUUAUGGGCACCCCCUGUUCCCGCUGCUCGCUCUGGUCUUCGAGAAGUGCGAACUGGCGACGUGCACGCCGAGGGAGCCCGGGGUGGCCGGGGGGGACGUGUGCUCCUCGGACUCCUUCAACGAGGACAUCGCGGUGUUCGCCAAGCAGGUGCGAGCGGAAAAACCUUUAUUUUCAUCAAAUCCAGAGUUGGAUAAUUUGAUGAUACAAGCCAUACAAGUAUUACGGUUUCACCUCUUGGAAUUAGAAAAGGUUCACGAGCUUUGCGACAAUUUCUGCCAUCGGUACAUCAGCUGUUUGAAAGGAAAAAUGCCAAUAGAUUUAGUGAUCGACGAGCGGGAUGGAAGCUCCAAAUCGGACCACGAAGAGCUUUCGGGCUCGUCGACGAAUCUCGCUGAUCAUAACCCGGCGUCAUGGCGAGACCACGACGACGCCACGUCCACGCACUCGGCCGGCACGCCGGGGCCCUCCAGCGGGGGCCACGCGUCGCAAAGUGGUGACAACAGCAGCGAACAAGGCUUUAUUUUCCGCCCAGGAGAUGGUUUAGACAACAGCGUGGCAUCGCCCGGCACAGGGGACGACGACGACCCGGACAAGGACAAGAAGCGGCAGAAGAAACGCGGCAUUUUCCCCAAAGUGGCCACCAACAUCAUGAGGGCGUGGCUCUUUCAGCAUCUAACGCACCCGUACCCGUCUGAAGAGCAGAAGAAGCAGCUAGCCCAAGACACGGGCCUCACCAUCCUACAAGUAAAUAACUGGUUCAUUAAUGCCAGGAGAAGAAUAGUACAGCCCAUGAUUGACCAGUCGAAUCGAGCAGGUUUUCUUCUUGAUCCUUCAGUGAGCCAAGGAGCAGCGUACAGUCCCGAGGGCCAGCCCAUGGGCAGCUUCGUGCUGGACGGGCAGCAGCACAUGGGGAUCCGGCCGGGCGGGCCCAUGAGCGGAAUGGGGAUGAAUAUGGGCAUGGAUGGGCAAUGGCACUACAUGUAACCUCCAUCUUGUAAAGCAAAAACGCAAAGAAAAAGGGGGAAGUCUGCCAGGCGUGCCGGCCGACUACGUACCUCAGAGCGGUCCUAUGGGCGUGAGCAUGGCCCCCGGCCCCCCCGGCCCCUUACAGCAACCCCCCCCCCCCCUCCGAUGACCUCCCACCCCGGCCGGCUGCGUCGUCCCCCCCACCACCACCACGGAGGAGGCCGCUCAUCCCGCCCAGGGAUGUCUGCGCAGAGACCCCGCCACCCCCUCGACUCCCCCCACCCCUUUGCUCACGCCCAUGGACCACGCCACUGCAGGAGCGGGCCUGGACAUCCACGCCUGACAGUCAGAAGGGAAACUUUUGUAGGGCGACCGCCUUUUUUAAAUAAAGAAAGAGGGCAACAAAAAAAAAAAAAAGGGCAGCGGUGCCCUUUUUUCAGACUUAUUUUUUAAAAAAAGUAACAAUCGGAAAAGCCUUUCGGAGCCGAACUGAAGAAUUCCAGACAAACUGUGACAACCACAACUUUUUUUUUUUCUAACAUUUGUUACAUUUUCACCCGAGCGGAGGACCAAGUUGACUUUGUAAAGUCUUGGGCUUAAAAAAAAAAAAAUACCCACAAAAACAAACAAAAAAAACUCCAAACACUCUUUUCACGUGGCGCUUCUGUCAAAGAGGGAGAGAAACAUCACUCUGGAAGACUUUAAAAAGGAUGGGAAAAAAAACUCCAAGAGUUAUAACUACUGUAGUAUAAUUAAAAAAAAUAUAUAGGUAAAUAAGUUAAAACUUGUUUUGGAUCACACUUUUUUUUUUUUUUUUUUUUUUUUUUUAGUUUUUAGGAUUUAACCCUUUUCGGAGGAUUCGCAGCACAGCACUACGUCAACAAAGAAGAAGAUGGAACAUCUCAAAAGGCUUCAACAUGGGCCACCAGGUCCUUAACACCCCCCACCCCAGGCAUGAUAGAAACAGGCUGCUGGAUGAUUUGUCAUGCCUUUAAAAAAAAAAAAAAUUAAAGGCUCUUGAAUGAAUGUUUUUAACGGAAAACAAAAACAUUGUUGAAAAUUGCCCAAGCACUGGAUUGUGUUGGUUUUUUUUUUUUAUACUUUUUUUUUUCUACUUCGGGACUCUCACCGUUAAAAGAGCCGAGUGAAGGAAGAAAAAAGAAAAGGGGGGAGAAACGCAAACACACACACACACACACACACACAUGAGGACACACGUCGGAUGUGCGGCACUGGAUGGAGAAAAGCUGUUGAUGCACCCCCCCAAAAAAAAAAUUAAAUUAUGAACUCGAUGCUUUUUGGGGGGUUGAAACAACACACACACACACACAUGAAAAAAAAAAAAGCUGAGACUAUUGUAACAAACUUCGUACAGAGUUCAAGUCUAUUAAUUGUUUCCUGUUAGAUAUUCUAUGUGUUUACCUCAAUUGAAAACGAAUGUUUUUUGCUAGUUUCAGAUCUGCUGUGGCAUUGAUAUUGUACAUGUCCAUGAAUUCCUUCCUCUUCUGUUUGAUUUUGCUUCAUUUUUGUUUUUGUUUUUUUUCUGUCGUUUGUUUUCUCAGCACGUGUUCCUCACUAGAAGAUAAGAUUCCGUCUCCCUUAAAAGCUUUGUCAAAAAGAAGAAAAAAAAAACAAAAACAAAACGUAACAGGAAAAAAAAAAACAUUCAAAAAAAUUACUUGUAUGAGGACUGUGACGUAUUGUUUUAAAAGGUGUUCGGUCACAAAAUGCUGUAAUAAAUAUUUCAUUUUUGAUUUUUAGUA